UUUGUGAAAGCACCGACCGAACAUCCCUCUCGGAGUUUUAGUUCAACCUGCAGAAUUUUAGGCAAAAUGGCGACAUUGUAACGGAUGGAGGACGAAAAAAAAGGACCGUAACCAAGUACCAUGACAAACUUGUCCCAUGUUAUAGUGUCAUUCUCUGGGAAGGUAGGUUUAAAGCUUACGAACGUCUUCCCUUGCCGGAUGUGUGUUUAACCGUGUUGAGAGAUGAGAGCGCGAUGGGUACAGUGAGUCCUUGCACGGGCACGAGAGCUAAUGUACACGGGCAUCAGGUGGGUUUACAGUGAGCUCCAGGGUGCCAAUGUUUUGGAAAAAACUGACUGUGUUGUCUCUGUUAUGGCGGCAGUAAAAGAGAGUGCAGAGGAAGACAAAGGGGUAGAAUGUUCCUCUGAUGACACUCAAGAGCUGACAAGCACAUCUUCUCCCAACAACAACAAUAACAGCUUGGAUCCACCAGAGCCCCUGCCCUUGGACAGUCACCAAAACCCUUUAAAUGGAGUCCAGCCGAACCCAUUUGUCUGUGGUAGCGUCCCUGCUGCCCCCAGCACAAACGACUCAUUGCCUUCAGGAGCACUUGUUAAUGGAGCUGCUUCACACUGUACCUCAGAGGAGUCCAGCGUCCACAACAAAGACAUGUCCCCUCUGCCCGGGACAGACACCAGCCCCGAGGUGUUACCGCCUCCCAGUGAGCUUCAAUCAGACACCCAGCAGAAAGCAGAAGGGUGCGCCCUAAAAGUGCGGUCCGCACGGGCCUCAUCUGAAUCAAACAACAGUGACCGUGAGGCCCCCCUAGAUGUGCUGGUGGGGGAAGGCUUGGAUAACAGGCCAAUCAGCCGACUGUUGUCUAGAAAGGGAAUCAAAGCAGGGUGCUUAUGGGACUUUGAUUCUGAGUUGUCAGAGAGUUCUUCUGAUGACUGUGAUGGUUUGAACUGGGGCCUGCAGGAGAAGUUCAUGCGGAUACUGUUGAAAAGCAGCAUAGCAGGUGAUGGGGUAAGAACAAAGGUGGAGAUUGAUGGAACUCCACCUGCCAACCGAAGACGGAGAAUGCGCAAAAAUUGUGCCAUGAAGAGGGCUGACAAUGGAGGAGAGGUUUAUGAUGGCUUUGAUUAUGCAUCCCAGAUUUCCCUUACUGAUGAAGAGUCUGAUUCUGAGUCGUCCAUUAACAAAGAACAUGCCUUCAGGAAAGAGCCGGAAAGUUUGAAAGCAUAUGCCGGCUUGCGCCUGGAGAAAUUCUGCGACAAGUCAGCUGCCAUGAAGGAGCUAAUUUCAAGCGAGAAGGAAGAGAGAUGUGAUGAAGGCGGCAACGACGUAGAAACAAACACCUACAUGGGUGAAAAAUUGGCACGGUUAAAGACAGAGACAAAAACAGGCGAGGAGCUGUCCUUUUUCCCAUGUUCAAAGUGCAAUGAGACUUUCAAGGAGAAGAGGCAUUUGCAUAGGCAUAUGAUGUAUCAUUUAGAUAGGAAUAAUAAGGUGAGACAAGAACACGUUCCCCGACCCUUUAUAUGUAGAGAGUGUGGGCGUUCAUUCCGAGACCUAACCUCUCUGCAAAAGCACAUGAUAAUCCACCAGGUGCGGAGGGAAAGGCUGAUGGAAGAGAUUAAAGGUUUCAGUAAGAUAGAUGUCGAGGGAAGAAGAGCUUGCCUUCAGUGUCCCCAGUGCGUCUUUGGAACGAAAUGCCCCAAAACUUUAAUCCGUUGUGGCAAAACUAAUGAGAAGGAGAAGCCUUAUUGUUGUGAGGAUUGUCAUCACAUGACUACAUCCGAAGUGGAGGCGCAUGAGUGCACAGCUCACCACAACACAUGUGCCAAGACUGAAGACUGUUUUGCAUGUCAUAAUUGCACAUUUACGAGUAAUAAUAGAUUUAGUUUUAGAAAGCACGUGGAGCUCAUCCACAGGCAGCCAUAUUAUGAUGAUUAUGAACCUCAACCACACAGCAAUGUGGAUGAUCAACCCAAAACCAAGGACUCAUCCUUACCGAUGCCAAAGAUUCAAAGCACAGAGAAACGGUCAGUUAAGGACAGAGGUGAGCUGCCCUUUAGGCCCAAUGGCUCAGCUGACCUUAAUGUGAGAAGCGAAGAAACGCAAAAAGCCUGUGACGGUUUCAGCCUCUCACUGAUCAAAUGGAGCCCUGGCAGCCCAGCAAACAAGCUGUCACCAUUCUCACUGAGAAGUGACAAGCCAAGCAAAUUAUCCCCUCUGCCUACAGAGAAAAUAGACGUGACAACAGGUCUCCCGUAUGUCGAAGAAGACAAUCAAGAAUAUGAAAGCACUGUCUCCGAAAAGAGGACAAAAUAUCUUUCCAGCUUUGACGCACAUCUUACAGCGAAAACAGAGAUCGUGAGUAAAGCAGGCUGUCUGAACCCUGGCACUGAGAGCUGUCCCAAAGAUCCUUCAACCAGCAGUACUUUAGCUCUGCAAACGCUAAGGCACAAAAUACCCUCCAAAAGAAAAAUGUCAAUCCCUUAUCGCAACACCCAUGCCGAUAUUCCUUAUGUGCGUCUUCCAGAAUGCGAGUCUGAAUCUCCACAAUGGGACUCUAGCAUACCACAAGAGGGAGAUGACUAUGAAGGUGCUCAGGAUUUCAGCAGAUGCACCAAAGAGUCUCCGGAUUGGUUUCAAAGCAAUACAUCCAGUGAUUAUUUCAUCCCUUUCAACAACAACAUUCCUGACUAUGCCAGUAAUUCUAAUCCAGACGAUAGCAUAGAAGAGGACAGCGAUGAGAUUCGUACAUUUAUAAUAAAAGAGGAGUGUAUUGAAAGUACAAUAAGUGAGGAUAACCCUGAUGAAUCUGUUUAUCAGCAAAGUGACCCUUACGGAGAGUAUGUUGUCAGUCCUUUUUCUGUGGUGGGCAGGAAGUGCUGUCCCUAUUGCCCUGCAGUGUUUGAAUCUGGGGUGGGUUUGUCAAAUCAUGUCAGAGGACACCUAUACAGGGUGGGGCUGAGUUAUGAUGCUCGUCACGUGGUGUCACCCGAGCAAGUGGCAUCUCAGGACCGCCAGCCUCGCAUACGCAGAAAAAUACCCUCAGUGAAUCGCAGAAUCAGAAAAGAUAAGCCAGAGUCUAAAACCGAGCACACCUGUCCGCUGUGCCUGGGCUGGUUUGACACAAAGACUGGCCUCUCCAAUCAUGUGCGGGGCCACCUGAAGCGGAUUGGCAGGCCUAUUUCGGGUGCUAGCAAGUCACCUCUCUGCAUUCUGACUGAACUUCUUCAGGAUGAAACAGAGUACAGGAACAUUAUGAGAGUGUUUGGUUCCAGACCACAAUUAUCUAAACCUUUUGUCUCCCAAAAGUUUGCCAGCUGCGAUGGCCUGUUUCUUACAUCCUCCGGCAUUCCCAUGAAGAUCCAUCAUGGCACUAGCACACCAGAUGAAGGGCACUGGGCAAUGAUCAGACCCCCCAAGGUUGACAGGGAGACGAAGAAGACCGAUAAGGUCCAGUCUAGCACUUUAGAGGAUCUGCUGGGAAAUAGGAAAGUGGAGCAGGAAAUGGAGGUCGAAGAUCACUCAGAGGAAGGCAGCACUCUUUUGACCAUCUCCUCCACUUGUGGUGGCAUACCCAGAACACCAUCUGUGAAGCUUGAUCCUACCUGGAGCCAAGAGAAGUUUGCAGCCAACAACAAGACAUGCAUCCACUGCAACAUGACGUUCCACAGUGGCGUAAGCCUGUCCAAUCAUCUGCGAGCAUAUGCACGACGGAAGAAAAUCGCCUUAGAAGAAGGAACAACAUAUGACUGUAAACAGAAGAGGCCAAGAUUAAGGCCUGGGCCAAAAAGGAAGGUGUUUUCAUCUUCACACGCCGUCUCUGAAGUGAUCUACAGAAUGACCUGCAGGUUCUGCGAUCUGAUCUUCCAGGGUCCUCAGUCAAUUCAGGAAGACUGGAUCAAGCACUUGCAGAGGCAUCUUAUGCACACGAGUAUCCCCGGCGUGGGUGCAGGUAUGGUGGAGGUUUCAGCGCUGUGUAAAGAGCUGUGUUCUCCAUCUCCCCCCGAGCGCCUGAUCCUGGAUACACACCCUCCUCUCAGUCUGCCUGAGGGGGUCUCCUAAGCCACGUUUACACACCAGCUAUGCUUGCUGUACACCUGUUCUGCACAUGUUCGUAAACAAAUACACACAUACUACUGUAUAUACAUAUAGAUAUUCAUACAGAAUAGAAAUAUAUAUGAUAUCUUUGGAGAAUCUUCUAUUAUAUUGCAUAUUAUUCCUUUUCAUUUUUUUUUUUCAAUUUUAUUGAAUCAAUCUUCGGUUAUUCAUAAGGGCAUGCUAUUUGCAACAUAGAUUAAGAGUUUGGAUAUAUCUAGAGCUUGGAUGUGCACAUUAGACAGUCUCGUUGCGGACUGCAGUUCUCAGCUGCUGUGACUUGUGAGUCUAAAAUCCAGCAAUUGGAUUUUUUUGGAAACUGACCAAAUAAUUGAAUUCAGAGGUCACUGUUUAGAACAUGUCGACUGAUUAGAACUGAUCAGCUUCAUGGACGCAUAGCUAUUUACUGUAAUUUUGCACCACAAUGUUUAUUUACACUGAUAAAAAAGCAUAUAUCCUAUUUUUAAGAGAUUAUAUUAACAUAAUAUAUUUACAAAAAUAGUGCUUCAUUUCUGGUUAAGUAUUCUUAUAUAUACUCUUAUGCAUCAUUUAAGAUUUUAAGGGGGAAAAAUGUCAUGUUGCGUAUACCUAAAACAUGUAACACACAAGUUAUUACAAUAUUUUUAAUGCUAUUAUCAAAGAAAUGAACUGUGAAGUUUAUGAAUAUAUCAAUGAAUAUUUUUCAAAGCUUUCUAGUUGUUUAGUAAUACCAUGGGCAAUACUGUCAUGAUGCAAUAUGAAUUAGUUAUAGAUAAUGUCAAAAAAGGUCCUUGUUCUAUAAUAUCGUUGCAAAUUGCUGAAAUCCCUGCAAAUGCUAUUUUGCUCAUCAUUUUUUUUACGGUGCUAGAAUGUAAGUCCAAACUUAAUCAUAAUAACACAACUAAUUACCAUGUUUCACUUUAGGAUACUUAAGGGAAUCUUUGCCACUCAUUCUUUCUGAGGUAAAUGGUUUCUUAGCAUUUGAUUGUAAAUAAAGCUGUAGGCAAUGACCAAAUGGAGAAACAGUCCUCCGUGUCCUGGUCAGCCCUUCAAAUAGUUACCAUGUAACUAUGUACCCUUACUUGGUGAUGAUAAUGUGCAAGCACAUACAGUAUCGAUCAGUCAAAGAAUACAUUGUGCUAAUGAGCUGAGCAAGCAUUAACACAUUGUAUUUACGUCUCUGUUAAGUCAUUAAUAGCCAAUUAAAAUGUAAUUGUGAUUUAAA